UCCCAUUUCUCCCCAUUUGAGCUUCAGCACCCAAAUGCCUUUGGAGAACUUUGCUGUUUCUUGGUUCCUUCGAUUCUACAUAUCAUUCAGGUGUAAGAAAAUUUGACUGUGCAACUUGAAUUUCAAGUUAUUCAGGACUCUAAACUUUCCUGCUUGUCUAGUAGUUUAAGUAAAUUUGAUUUGUUAGUGUCUCCCCUAAAAUGGCGACUGCUAUAUCGCCUUAUUUUACACCAUCAGACAGUAGAUCAAUGGGGGUACUUAAUGUUCUUGGAGGGAGAGUGUUAAUGGAGAAUCCUCUAGGGAGAUUUAGCAGCCUUAGAAUAUGUGAUGGAAAAAGUGCAUUUUCAGGAGCCGGUCAAAGGACUGCCAUGCCAAAUUUUAGAUGUUCAACCAACCCUCACAGUGUCAAUCGGUAUCAAAAUAUGGACCCUUUUCUGAAUCUGCAUCAUGAAGUUCCAAUGCUUAGAGGUGAAGGGAACAAUACAAUAACCAGCCCGAGAAAGAAUAGCUCUAGUGGAAAUGUCAUUGAAAGCUUAGGAGACAUGUCCGGUUCAAGUAAUUAUAAUGAAGCUAAGAUCAAAGUUAUUGGUGUUGGGGGAGGUGGGUCAAAUGCUGUUAAUCGCAUGAUAGAAAGUGCAAUGAAGGGUGUUGAGUUCUGGAUUGUUAACACCGAUGUUCAAGCCCUGAAAAUGUCACCCGUCUUUCCUGAGCACCGAUUGCAAAUUGGUCAGGAACUAACUAGGGGUCUUGGUGCUGGUGGGAACCCAGAGAUUGGCAUGAAUGCUGCUAAAGAAAGCAAGGAGUCAGUAGAACAUGCUCUUUAUGGUACUGACAUGGUUUUUGUUACUGCUGGAAUGGGUGGUGGAACUGGAACUGGUGGAGCUCCUGUAAUUGCAGGGGUUGCAAAGUCAAUGGGUAUAUUAACUGUUGGUAUUGUCACUACCCCUUUUUCUUUUGAAGGAAGGAGGAGAGCUGUUCAAGCACAGGAAGGAAUUGCAGCUUUAAGAGAAAAUGUUGACACACUGAUUGUUAUUCCAAAUGACAAGUUGUUGACUGCAGUUUCCCCGUCUACUCCAGUAACAGAAGCGUUUAAUCUGGCUGAUGACAUUCUUCGACAAGGUGUUCGGGGUAUCUCCGAUAUAAUUACGCUUCCAGGGCUAGUCAAUGUGGAUUUCGCUGAUGUGCGAACUAUAAUGGCAAAUGCAGGUUCUUCACUGAUGGGGAUAGGAACUGCAACUGGAAAAACAAGGGCAAGAGAUGCUGCACUCAAUGCUAUCCAAUCACCUUUGUUAGAUAUUGGUAUAGAAAGGGCUACUGGAAUUGUCUGGAACAUAACUGGUGGAAGUGAUUUAACCUUGUUUGAGGUUAAUGCUGCAGCUGAGGUAAUAUAUGAUCUUGUCGAUCCGACUGCCAAUUUAAUAUUUGGAGCCGUGAUAGAUCCAUUGAUUAGUGGCCAAGUAAGUAUAACACUGAUUGCCACCGGAUUUAAACGUCAAGAAGAAAGUGAAGGGAGGUCGCUUCAGGUGAGUCAGGUAGCACAGGGAGAUGCUGGUGUUGGAAUUAACCGGUGGUCGUCUUUCAAUGAAGGUGGUUCAGUGGACAUCCCGGAGUUCCUGAAGAAGAAAGGACGUUCACGCUAUCCAAGAGUUUGAUUGUUUUUUUUUUUUUGCAGUGCCUCAGCUCUCAAACCAAUGUAGUUAUGCCUCACACUCAGAAUCCUGCCCCCCUUAGGAUAGAGUAGAGCUUGUGUUGAGUGCCAUGUUUCAAUAAAAGUAGCUUGUACAGAGUGCAUUUGGAGAGAAAGCAAAGAAGAGAUUGUUAAUAUUAUUAUUAUUAUUCGGUGUUCUUUAUA